CAGAGGAAUGCUCUAUUAGGAGCUGAUAUGUUCCUUCCUAAUUUGGGAAAAAAGCAAGAAAAGCUCUUCACAGCCUUCAAGAAACCUAUAAGCUUGAAAAGAUUUCACUAGUUACUUUAACGUCUUCCAGAUCUGACAUCCAAGAGUAGUUUUGUUUGGUGUGGUUUACAGCAACAGCAGCUAAUUAUGGACAGAAGUAUCAGCAGACAAAGAACAAGAGCUCAUACAUCUGAAGCCACCGACUACAUAAGCCGACUACCAGAUGUAAUUCUAGUCUAUAUACUUUCAUUCCUCCCUCUGAAAGACUGCAUCAAAAUAAGUGCCCUAUCCAAAAGAUGGAAGUACCUUUGGACAAAGACUUCUCGACUAAAUAUAAACGAAAUAGAGAUCAUUGCUAAGCUAGUGAGAAGCAAUUUCUACUGCACCAUCUGUGAGGACAUUUGGACUUCUUCUACUACUUGUUGCCAGAAGCAUUUGCUUAAGGUAGCAAGGAGCAUGUUUGCAGAUGUUGUAGACCGAACUCUCCUACUACACUCAGGCUGCACCCUGGACAAAUUCCAAUUGUCUUUCCUUUAUGAUGUCUAUGAUGGAUUGACAGAAAAGGUUGAUAUCUGGGUUAGGUAUGCUUGGGCAUCCAACAUCAAAGAUAUGGAGUUGAGCUUCUUUAAUCCAGGUCUGUUGGAAUACUUCGAUGAGAGGGUACCUGUUCGCGUAGGUGUCGACCUUAAUUUACUAUAUGAACUGCCUCAUAACUGUUUGGUAUCAAAGAUUCUAAGCAGUUUGAACAUGAACUGCUGCAAGCUAAGAGCAUCUGCUUUAAAAGUUUUUCCUUCUCUUCGAAGGAUAUUCCUAAAGCAGGUUGUCAUCCUUGAUUCUUCAGUUAGAGUUCUGGCAUCAAAAUUUCCUCUUCUAGAAGAUCUGAGCCUGGAAAAUUGUGUCAUCUCCAUACAAUUUUUUGUAUGUGAUGAAGACUUGAUGAUUAAAAGACUUUAUGUGACCAACUGCAAGCCCAAUGAGAUCCCCACCUUCGAGAUUAACAUAUCAACUCCGCGCCUAGUACUACUGGUGUUACAUGGAGUCUAUGUCAAAUUGACUUCUAUGAGGAAAGUGACACAACUGGUUGACGUUACAAUCGACAUCAGAUGUUUGCUUGUCAGCAAAGAACAAGCAGGUCUUACUUCAUUGCUGAGUGGAUUACGCCACUCCCAGAAUCUGACAUUAACAUCAUGGUGCAUUCAGGGUAAUUUCUUCCGUAAUGGUGGUCCAGACAUUUCAGACUGUGAUCCAGAGCACUACUUUCAAUCUGAAUGUUUGCCAUUCCCUUGUCUGGAAAACAGUCUCGAGAAAAUUACAGUUAAUGGGUUUGCUGGAAGAAAGAAUGAGAUGAACGUUGUCCGUUUUCUGCUGAGAAACGCAAGAGUCUUGGAGGAAAUUUCCAUCUUUUAUGAAGACGCAGAGGAGUAUUAUAGAGGAGCAAUGGGACUGUGGAGGCAAAAUGGCUUGACUUCUGGCAAGUAUUUAACAUCCACCUUAGGCCAAACAAAAGAUAUAAAGCAGGUGUAUUACAGAACAAGUAGCGAAAAUCCAGCCCAUGGUGGCGCCAGCGCCUCAAAUAGAGAUGUCCCAUCCAGUAGAGAGAUUGAAACUGGGCUCAGGUUGGAAUGA